GCGUAAUCUGGCUUUUACUUGAACAACUAUGGCGUCUUCCAUAGCCGUUUCUCGGUUACAUUUGAGGGGAAGGACCUGCUUGUUAAAUUGUUUACAGAAGGUGGACACGUUUCUGCACAGGGGUGUUGGAACAGACGCUGCUGUUGCCCAAGCGCAGACAACUGAGAGAGACGGAAGUGAGGCAAAGGAUGGACGCCGGUCCCUGCUUGCUGUCCAGGAUGAGAGACGAGAACAGGCAGAGAAAUCCGUCCUCAUCAGCUGCCAGUCCAGACCCAGCGAGAAGAAAUUCCUCAAGUACUUAUCGAGACACGGAGACGUCAACAAGUACUUCUUUUAUGAAAGUUAUGGCGUGUAUGCUGUCGUGGAGUUUGCCAGCCGGGACGGUGUUGCCUCUUUGAUUGAGGCUGCUACAAUCCCAAGUGUCAGCCAUGAAUCCAUGGUGCCUUUCAAGUCCAGGCUGCUGUCUCUCAGAUCUGUGGACUCGCUGAACCACCAGUCCGGCCUUCCGUGCCAACCUCAAACCAGCGUUUCCAUCAGUGAACUCGUCCACAGGCUGUCCAGCGAGGAUAGCGUGGAGCAGCAGAUAACCUCCCUGACAGAGGCCUUCCAGCUCACAGAGGAGAACAGCAGGCUGCGUUUCCUUGUCUGCUCUCUUCUCAACGACAUUGCAGCAGCUUAUUUCCCAGAAUGCACCAUCAGACCAUUCGGCUCAUCGGUGAAUGGCUUUGGGAAGCUUGGCUGUGACCUGGACAUGUUCCUGGAUCUGGACAGCAUCAGUGGGUGGAAUGUAAAACAGCCUAAAGCGGGACUGUUGCUGGAGUACCAGAUGAAGCGGGCCAACUCGGAGCGCGCCGUCACCCAGAGCAUCCUUUCUGUUAUUGGAGAAUGUGUGGACCAGUUUGGACCUGGCUGUGUCGGUGUGCAGAGGAUCCUCAACGCUCGGUGCCCGCUGGUUCGGUUCUCCCACCAACCCUCGGGUUUCCAGUGUGACCUCACAGCCAACAACAGGGUGGCCAUGAUUAGCACAGAGUUGCUCUAUCUUUAUGGCGAGCUGGACCCGCGGGUACGCCACCUGGUCUUUACCAUCCGCUGCUGGGCUCGGGCUCAUGGCAUCACCAGCAGCAUACCAGGAGCCUGGAUCAGCAACUUCUCCCUCACUGUCAUGGUGCUGUUCUUCCUGCAGAAGAGAAAUCCUCCUAUAAUUCCCACACUGAACCACCUCAGAGACCUUGCAGGUCCUGCAGACAACAGCGUGAUUGAGGGGCACGACUGCACGUUUGUCAGAGACUUCAGCAAGAUUCACCUUCAGAGAAACUCCGAGACUCUGGAGACUCUCCUGUGUGAGUUCUUUGUGUUCUAUGCCACCUUCCCGUUCAGCAGGAUGUCCAUAAACAUCAGAAAGGGAAAAGAGCAGAACAAGCCAGAGGUGGCACCACUCCACAUCCAGAACCCUUUUGAGACCUCGUUGAAUGUCAGCAAGAAUGUGAACGCCACCCAGCUCAGUCGCUUUGUGGCUUUGUGCCAGGAGAGCUCUUGGUUGAUCCAACAAAGUGAACGCAACUCACCCAAAAGUGCUGCCGGAGAAAGCAGUCCCACACCCUGGGGUCUCGCCGCCUUACUUCUCCCUUCACAAGUUGAAGGGAUGAAAUCUCGUAAGAAAAGACGACGAGAGCCCGUCAGUGAAACAAUUAAGAGUUUGUUAGAAUCCUUAAAGAACAAAAAUCAAGGGAAGAAGAGGUAGGGAGCCUGGAACAUCCCGUGGACUGUCUUCUUAUACUUUACUGCGAACACCAGUGGCCGUUCUUUAUGUCCUUGCUGAAAUAGGACUGUAGUUCCUAAUGUGGACACACGAUGGCAGUAGUGCAGUCUGUGUGGGCCUGUACCUAACCGUGGAUGUCCCAGUUUGAAUGAACAAUAAUGCUGUGGUAGAAACUGCCAUGUUCCCAGUAUAAUGGUCCUUUCUCAAGUGCUGUUUUUCAUUUCAGGUUCAGCAUGUUAUACCUUCAUUUGUGGAAAAGUGCAGUAUCGUAACAUAAAAAAUGAUGGAAUAAUAACUUUCCUACUGUAAAAUUUUACACAUGGUUUAUUGUAAAUCUGAGACCCGAUGCCUGCAGCUCAACAGGACCAGUCUAAAUCACACACACAUAUAAUACCUGACAGUUUUAUUUGUUAAAUAAAUAAUUGUAUCUUUGAA